AAAGCGGAAAAGGAAACUCGUCCGCCAGUUAGUACGCUGGCAGAGUUCGUUUAGAGUAAACAUUCGUGGCAUCGAUCGUGUUUCUGUUAAAUCAGCAAAGGUGCUCGUAGGAGUUUAAAAUUGCUUCAACAAUAUAUACACUUUUAAAGGGCGUGUGUUUUUCAAGUGACGGUCCAAACAAAAAUAAUUUACAAACAGCUUUCCGUACCGGGCGGAAAAAGUGCAAACGAGUGUGCGUCGUGCAUCAUCUUUGAGCGCAAUAUUUGUGGAUCUUAAUUUAUUGAAGGUGCACCAAAAUAUUUCGUGCUAUCGGGCAAUGUUUGGCUUGAGGUAAACUUAAUCGCAAGCUAAUGAUAAAAACCCAUUUCCGUUCCGUCACCACGCAUCGGAGGGUUAUCGAUUAUCACGCUGCAGUUUAAACAAAAUUAAUAGUGUUCAGUGCGCAAUUCGAUCUGCGAAAGAAAUACUACGAUAGUGCGAUCUCAUUAGUGCCGGGCGCGCAGGAUAUACCGCGACAACACGUGUUCCGUAUCGUAGUUGCUGGGUGAGCUGUGGUGUUGGCACCAAUUCUUCGACGGCGACGUGUGGAAAAAUUGAUUAAAAAUUUCCGCGAUACUAAUCGGCAGCGAAAUCGACUACAUGUUGGCGACGACCGCCAGCAGCGACAUGGCUCCCCCGGACGGGCCCAUGCAGUACGACACAAAGUGGCCUCCGAUGAAUAUCAUCAGCAUGCCGACCAAGAUCAAGCAGGAGAACUUUAACGGGCUAAGUCAUCUAGACAUCUAUCACCCGCUGGCUGUAUCACUGCCGACCUACGACCAGGUGAAAUCUUCUUCGCCCUCCUCCAUGCACCAGCUCCCGACCGUGAUCGAGCGACUACAUGACGAUACCGGAAGCUCACCGGACCAGCAGCAGCAACAGCAGCAACAGCAGCAGCAGCAACAGCAACACCAUUCGCAUCAUCAACCCCAGCAACAACAGUCGCACCUUCACCACAACAUUGGCACGCUCUCGCUCUCCUCCAAACCGUCGGCGCAAGUGCCGGACGAUCUGCCGAGCAACAGCAUCCUGCCGGACGAACUACGCACCGGACUUGCCCCAUCGAACAGUAGCACAUCCAACAGUAGCAACAACAACAACAGUCACACUCCCAAUCAGAAUCAAAGUAAUGGCAGUAACACAGGUAACAAUGCCAACUCAUCCACCACCAAUGAAGGGACGAACUCGGCGGCCAACGGUACCACGAAUACUAGCAACAGUCUCUCCACGUACGAUUGUAGCUCCACCACGAGCCCCACCGGAAGCCGGACCUCAAACGUGAAACCUCCUUACAGCUAUGUGGCCCUGAUAACGAUGGCAAUACAGAGCUCUCAAAUGAAGCGUGCGACACUGAGUGAGAUCUACGGUUACAUCACCUCGAGGUUCCCGUACUACGAGAAGAACAAGAAGGGCUGGCAAAACUCGAUCCGCCACAAUCUGAGCCUGAACGAGUGUUUCGUGAAGAUUCCCCGAGAGGGUGGCGGCGAGCGUAAGGGUAACUACUGGACGCUCGAUCCACAGCACGAGGACAUGUUCGAGAACGGGAAUUACAAGCGUCGUCGACGGAUGAAGCGCCCGUACCGGACCGGACACUACUCGAAGAUGUUCGGCGACUCGUACGUGACCAACCCCGGCAACUUCGGUCAUCGGCCCGUCUUUGCCCAGAACCCCUACCAGACGUAUCCGCGCUACGAUGCUGGCGCCCCCUGGAUGCCGACGACACAGCUGAGCAGUUACACGUCCUGCUCCAGCCGGACCAACUACUCCUACUCCACGCCGUACAACUUUCCGCAGCUCCAACAGCCGGUGACCAUCAACACCUACGGCCAGCUGUCGAACAAUUUGGAUACCUUUGCCGUAUCCGGCAGCACUACACCACCCUGCGCUCGUCGGUUUGAGCCCCACUACCCUUACUGGGACGCCACCCUGCCGCUUCCUGUGGUCAAAGACGAACCAUCGAAUCAGAUGAACGUUAGCUCCACGCAGCAGAACUACCAAAAGUCGUAUCUGCCCCAGACCUAACGCCUAGUGGGCAACGCCUGUGGCAUCCGUUCCGGUCUACGACACCCGCUCGCGGCCGCCGUUGGCCUACCGGCCAAAGGAGGUGGUUCUGGUGCAAGUCUGGUGCGUGGUUUGUGGCCAUUGGCCUACCGCCGGCACUGGCUGCCGCAGGAUACGGCUGCCGGGAGCUUCUAAAGUGUGAUCCAACAGCAGCGCAACGGUGGAAACAUUGGGUAAUGUUUCAAUUGGUUCGGUUCUCCUGUAGGUUAAUUUAAGCUGUGCAAUUCGAUUUAAUUUUUCUCAACCAUAGCGUAGAAUGAGGUGUUGCCGACUAGUUUUGUUUCAGGUUUAAGUGACCCACAAAGUCCUUCCCAUUCUGGGUCUGUGAUGGCCCAGAAGGGUUUGUUGAAGAUGUUUUCUUUUUUUUCAUACAGUAACCGCAGGGCGUAUAGCUAAGUCCUACCAAAGUUUCAUUUUCUCUGCUAGAGUAUUGUAAUUUAUUGUAAAAAUCGAUGUAGAUUUAUUUUUCUGUAUCGUUUUCAAGCGUUUUCUUCGUAGAGGCUUAGGGAUUGGCGUUGCGGGCAGGAACAAGAUGCAGCAUAUUAGGUAACGAUGAACAGAUGGAAAUUUCCGUCCAAAAUUGCAAACGCAAGACGCAUUUGGGAAAAGAGGCAUUAUUGGUUAGAGUAAUUAUCGUAGAAACAAUCGUAAGCGAAGAAAGCGACAACUACGGUUCGAAUCAAUAAACACAUAAUAAUA